AGUUAUUAACAAUCAAAAUGGCCUCCAUUCCUCUGGCCCUUGAGUACAAGCGUUAUGUCCUUUACUUGUGCCGUUGCUCUGGACUGGUUGGUAUAGAGUCACUGUAUUUCUGUAGACAUUGUAAGCUCCUCAGGUGUAUGGACUGUGUCUCCGUACAGAUUGACGGGACCUGUAUAUCCUGUCCCUCCUGUAACGACUCUGUUCCACAAACUGAUGCUAAAGCUAAGAAGUUCCGUUGUACCCAUUGUUACCAGUGCCCGAUGUGCACCACACCACUGGCCACCAGGUUUGUCCAGUUACCUCCUCCUCCUGGUAAAUCUGAAUCAGCCCCAGACACCUCUAGCGGUAAGACUGACGCCUCUCCUACUAAAGAAGGGACUGGUGAGUCUACUGCCCUCACUCCAAAGACAAGUAAAAGGUUGUCCCUCACUCCGUCCUCCUUAAAGAGCCCCGGCUCCACUAAAAUGUACUACCUGUUCUGUACCAGCUGCCAUUGGACCACACGAGAGGUUGAUAUACCUGACAAACGAUCCCUGCUUGAUUUUAAAGAAAAGCCACACCCAUUCCAAGACCGUUACAAGGCACUGCUGUCGUAUUAUAAAGAUCUUGACCUUUAUGAGAGGGUUUCCUCACAGAAUAUGUCUCGGCAGGUAUCUGGUCGUAAGCCACGCCCCUUUUCAUCUCUCCUUGAUACGAGUAAGUACAAGAAGGACCCCGAGGUCCAGCGUGUGGUGAAACAGGUUCAAAGUGUUGCUCUCUCAGCUAAGGAUCCUGUUCGUCUUCCUGACAGCUAUUACACUGAACCAGUUGAUGUUUCCAGUUUGACGACCAUUCAACAGAAACUGUUGGACCCCUCCCACCAGCCAUCACAUGUUAAGGAUCUCUGGCCCCACCCACUUCCAUUAAUUAGUCGUAAAACCAUCAGGUGUAGAGGGUGUGACCAUAUUCUGCUUAAACCAGAUGUCAAUGUUAACCUAGUUCGUUUUAAGAUCCAACACGUAGCCAUACAAGUGGUUCCACGCAUCAGGUUGAUAAAUGUACCCAAACUAACACUUGGAGAACCUUCUCUCGUACCUGUUUCCAUAACCAGUCCGGUCAGUUAUAGCAUGACCAUUUCAUUUAAUCAGUUGUCCUCUUCUAAGAAACUCAAGGAAAUACUCUGUCCAGCCGUCAUUCCAGAAGGUUCUUUUGUCUUAAAAUCUCUUGAUGACACCAGUGAUCUGUUAGAUGAUUCGAGUCAGUCUGUAUCAUUAGGAGCUGAUCAAAGUGAUUAUGUAUUGUCAUCGGAACCAGGUCGAAUUGUACUAAAGUUUGGAGCCAUUCCUUCAAGAGAGGAUAUUGAUGCUAAGAUUGGGUUUGAAGUUGUCUUUAGCUAUGAGCCACUCAUUGAAGCAGACAGAGAUCCAGGAGUUACUGAACUAACUGUGCCUGUCAUUAUCAACUGUGGACACUCUUUUGCCUAAGUAGCAGUAUUAUUAUUAUUAUCAUCAUUAUAAUUAUUAUUAGUAACAGUGUUUCUUUGGUUGAAAAGUUAAUUAGAUUCAUUGCUACUUGUCAUGUAAUGUUAUGUAAUUAUUAUUUAUUAA